AGAGAAGUGGUCCUCGCAUUUCCACAAACACUUGCUAAACCUCUUCACAAACAAAUCUGCUUACGUGAAAGCAAAGAUAAGAGCAACGAUUUUCCAAUAUUAGAAUCUCCACAAUCCUUAGAAGCAACAAUCUCUGUCACUCUCUCUGUCUCUCCACGUAUAUUUAUAUCCACGCGAAACUGCGGUCAGCUCUCAUCACUAACCAACAACACAGCUAGCAGUACACUGUGAGCUCAGCCUCGUAAUAUUUGACUCUUGAAAUAGAACAUCUUCGCCGCACUCUUUCUUCCAGACUGGGUCGUUUCCAGGACUUAAAUUGGCUAGGGAGUCUCUGAAUGUGGUGAGAAAGCAAUGGGUUCUCCUCCUUCAUCCCGUCUUGUCAUCCUUAGUUUCCUUUUCUUUGCACUUUUUGCCCUAAAUCAAUGUUCUGGAACUGAGACUGACGCAAUGGUAGCAUUACUCCAUGUGUAUGCCUCAACAGCAUCAGCAAAGAAAAUACCUGACAGUUUGUUUGGUUUAUUCUUUGAGGAAAUAAAUCAUGCUGGUUCUGGUGGAUUGUGGGCAGAGCUUGUUAGCAACAGAGGUUUUGAAGCUGGGGGUCCCAAUACACCCUCCAAUAUUGAUCCUUGGUCAAUUAUUGGGGAUGAGUCCUCUUUGACUGUGUCGACUGAUCGUUCAUCUUGCUUUGAUCGGAAUAAAAUUGCACUUCGGUUAGAUGUUCAUUGUGGCAGUGGAGGUGCAAAUACCUGUACAAAUGGGGGAGUUGGCGUUUACAAUCCUGGAUUUUGGGGCAUGAAUAUUCAAGAUGGAAAGAGUUAUAACCUGGUGCUUUAUGUUCGUUCUCCUGAAUCAAUUCAUGUGUCAGUUUCAUUAACUGGCUCAACUGGGCAACAGAAGUUGGCUAGUGCUGACAUUAUUGCUGAGGACGUCUCUAACUGGACAAAGAUGGUGGUGCUUCUGGAAGCAAAAGGAACAGAUCCGAAUUCAAGACUGGAAUUGACGACAACAAAGAAUGGUGUUAUAUGGUUUGAUCAAGUAUCAUUGAUGCCUCUUGACACGUUCAAGGGACAUGGUUUCCGGAACGACCUCUUUGAUAUGCUUAAACAGUUGAAACCAGGAUUCCUCAGAUUUCCAGGUGGAUGCUUUGUUGAAGGUGAUUGGUUAAGGAAUGCAUUCCGAUGGAAAGAAACCAUUGGACCAUGGGAAGAGAGGCCCGGGCAUUUUGGUGAUGUUUGGAAUUAUUGGACUGAUGAUGGACUAGGGCAUCUUGAGUACCUUCAGCUUGCAGAGGACUUGGGCGCACUGCCUGUAUGGGUAUUUAACAAUGGAAUCAGCCACAACGACCAAGUUGAUACAUCGGCCAUUUUGCCUUUUGUGCAAGAAAUUUUGGAUGGUCUUGAGUUUGCCCGAGGUGAUCCCAACUCAACAUGGGGUUCUGUUCGAGCUGCAUUGGGUCACCCAGAACCCUUCGAUUUGAGAUAUGUUGCAAUUGGAAAUGAAGAUUGUUCGAAGUCAAAAUACCAAGGAAAUUACCUCAUGUUUCAUGCUGCAAUUAAACAAGCUUAUCCAGAUAUUAAUAUAAUUUCAAACUGUGAUGGGUCUUCCCAACCAUUGAAUCAUCCGGCUGAUUUAUAUGAUUUUCACAUUUAUAGCUCUGCAAGUUACGUGUUUUCUUUGAAUACAAAAUUUGACCAUGUGUCACGGACUGGUCCAAAGGCUUUUGUGAGUGAAUAUGCUGUGACUGAGACGAAAGAUUGUGGGACAGGUAGCCUUUUAGCUGCAGUGGCUGAAGCUGGAUUUCUCAUCGGGGUUGAAAGGAACAGUGAUGCAAUUGAAAUGGCAAGUUACGCACCUCUAUUUGUGAAUGACCAUGACAGGAGGUGGAACCCAGAUGCAAUCGUUUUCACUUCCUCUCAGCAUUAUGGAACUCCGAGUUACUGGAUGCAGCACUUUUUCAGAGAGUCGAACGGGGCAACUCUGUUGAGCUCUACACUGCAUUCUAAUAUUUCAAGUUCACUCGUCGCGUCUGCUAUCACUUGGAAAAACUCCGAGGAUAACCAGGAGUAUUUGAGAAUAAAGGCUGUUAACUUCGGGGCCAAAAAUGUGACUCUUAAAUUCACCAUCGAUGGAUUCGAGGAGAACUCCAUACAGUUAUUGGGAUCAGCGAAAACUGUGUUAACCUCUAGUAACGUGAUGGACGAGAAUUCCUUCAACGAGCCUACAAAGGUGGCACCCAUUGAAACCAAACUACAAGGAUUUGAGAAGAUGGAUGCUGUAAUGCUGCCUCCACAUUCCAUCACUGCACUGGACUUCUUACAAAAACCAACCAAUAUCAGGACUGUUGGAUCUGAUUCUGCCCUUAAAUCUUCAUACUAAUAAGGCUAUGAAUGUAUAUUUGACAAAAAUAAGAGGAUAAAAAAAGGAAAUAAUGUAAUGUUAGUAUGGUACUCUGAUCUCAACUCUGAUGUAUCUAGUGCAUGGUGGUGUUUAUAAUAUAAUAAUGUUGCUCUGUGCAAAUAAGAUGUUUGUUUACUCCCA